CCCAAGAGUUUGAGGCGCUUGGCUCAUUUGCCGCCAAAGCUGUGGACCCUCUUGCUCACAACGCUAAGUGAAUAGGUAAGAGUCUCUCCCCUGAGAGCCGGUUCUUGGCCUUUGUAACUCCUCUGGGGCUUCACUCUCUGUAGGCCAGCCUGAUGCCUAGAAAGAGAAGAGAAAGACCUCUCCCCCUGUGGGAUCCUUCUCCCCGCCCAGCUCAGUCUGCAGAGGACCAAGGCCUGGCACAAGCACGGAGCCUGAAGCCAGAGGGAAUGGCCCCUGGGAGCCGAAGCCCCCCACCCCAGGAGACAAUGACAUUCAAGGAUGUGGCUGUGGACUUCACCCAGGAGGAGUGGGGCCUCUUGGACCCUCCUCAGAAGGAGUUGUACAAGGAGGUCAUGCUGGAGAAUGCCCAGAACCUGCUCUCUCUGGGACUUCCAGUUCCCAGAGAAGAUGUGAUCUCUUAUUUUGAGCAAAGGGAAGCACCAUGGAUACUGGAGCAAGAAGGCCUGAGGAGCCGCUGUCCAGGAGACAAUGACAUUCAAGGAUGUGGCUGUGGACUUCACCCAGGAGGAGUGGGGGCCUCUUGGACCCUCCUCAGAAGGAGUUGUACAAGGAGGUCAUGCUGGAGAAUGCCCAGAACCUGCUCUCUCUGGGACUUCCAGUUCCUAGAGAAGAUGUGAUCUCUUAUUUUGAGCAAAGGGAAGCACCAUGGAUACUGGAGCAAGAAGGCCUGAGGAGCCGCUGUCCAGGUGAGUGAGGUGAAAGCAGGUCUAUGAGAGCUGUGAUUACAAGAGGCUGCUCUGUGUUGUGGUGAAGCAAGGGCUAA